AAAUGUACAUGUGUGUACAGUACAUGUACCGUGCAACCUGACAACUGAGCGUUCGCGUCAUAUGCUGACCUAGUAGAUAAAUGCACACCCACUGCAAAUCCUUUAUCAGUCACGUAGCGGCAAAUACGACCUUUGGGUCACAAUAUUGCAAAAAAUGCACUGACUGUGUUUCCAUUCGUAGAUGGAGUUCCCAGAAUGGAAACGUUUACCUGUUGUCGCCGAAGGUUUAUAUUCUUCGGUUCUAUAGUGGGUGUGCUUGCACUGACCACCAUUCUCACAGCAAGUAACUAUCUUAGACGGACCAGCUGGGCCAGAGCCAAGGAACCUCUUCCCCGCUUGAUGAGUUAUACAUUUAACAACUCAGGUGGACCACACUCGCCACCACACGGUCCAACUGCCCAGCUAUCGCCAGCACCCACGGGUCUCGCCAAGUCAAGGGAAUCCCCCCUGGAUUACGAGUUCGUGAUCGCCCACUAUAACGAGGGACUGGAUUGGCUGAGGCCCAUUGCCAACCGCAGUCACGUGUACCAUAAGGGCAAGGACGAAACCCCGCCCUUCGCGAUCCGGAAGUGGGAAAGGUUGCCCAACGUUGGUCGCGAGGCCCACACCUACCUUUACCACAUCUUGAGCAAUUACGAAAGCCUUGCCGACGUGACCGUCUUCUUGCAAGGGCACGGCUCGCGUCCUGACGUCCCUUUCUGCUAUCCCGAGCCCAUGGAUUUCGUGGUCCAUGCCAAGAAAAAUGUGUUCUGCAUCGAAAGCUUUAAAUACAGCAACUGGAACCGCAUCAAUCACAUUGGGAAAUGGCGAAAGGACUUGGAUGCAGGUCGCAUGCGCAGGGCCAACCUCACGGUGGGAGAGUUCUACAAGACUUUGUUCGGUUCCCCUCAUCCUGAUCAAGUGAUCAGAUGCUCCGUGGGCUGUUUCUCGGCCACCAGGGAAAAUCUCAGGCGGCACCCGCCUGGGUUCUAUCGGACGGCCAUUUCGUUUCUGGAUGACCACAGCAACCCGGAAGAAGGUCAUUAUAUGGAAAGGUUUUGGAAAAUUAUCAUUACACCGGAGUGACAAGUUAUUGAGUUUCAAAAUAGUUUGUCAGAGCUCUGAAGCAGGCUGAAAUGACGCUGCUUGGCAGCAGGAACCUAUGCGUGUCGGCAGGGUUCUCGCCAAGAUUCUCCCGGUGAGAGCAAAUCACUUACAACCAGCAACCGAUAAACCAUUAACGGUGAAGGGGGAGGGGAAGUUAUUUCCGUUGUAUUUUGAAGGAAUUUUGUGGUUUUAAUCCCGAUCCCGUAUUAAUUUUCUACAGCUCUUGGUUUUCCAUUGGCCCUAUUAAAUUUCAGUUGUUCUCCAAGAGGAGACGAUUGUCCUCUUGUUCCCCUUGCUACUCCCAUGCCUUUGUUUCUGCAUACAAUUGGGGACCCUGACCAAUAGAGGACAGUAAGGUCCCAGAUUGACAGAGGGUCCCCGAUUGACAACUGUGUACAAAACAUAUGGGUGGUCUUC